GCUUAGUCUUCUUUAUAAGUCUAAUCAUACACUGCUUCUGUACAUUAUGAAACAAAUUCUACCUUUUGUCUUCAUCUUUAUGGAUUUGUAAUCAAUAUUCAACGUGCAAUCGUGCAUGUGUCUGUGUAUUCAGAGAAGAAACUAACCUGAAACUCUGAAAGAGAAGCUCCAACUGAUCACUGAUGGUUUCAUACGGGGAAAUUUUUGAUGUUUCAGGACCUGUACACCUGCUAACUUCUUUCGAUUGGAGAAACACGUUUCAUCGAAGAUCCCUUGCUGCAAGCCUUGUUGAAGGUGUUUACCUUCUGGAAAGGGAUCGUCAACGAGGAAGCAUUCAACAGGAUGCUCAUGCUCCUCCAUGGUGGGAACGAUUUCAGUUUCAGUUGAAUCGCGUUCUAGUAGACGAUAGUGAUUUAUCCUACUUUGGGGCAAUUUUCGAGCUCAAAUAUGCACAUCCGUUCUUCUAUCAAUCAACUCCGCACCCUCCGAGAUAUGUCGUAGCGUUUCGAGGCACAAUCCUGAAUUCUUCAAGCAGAUCUGACGAUAUGAAGCUAAAUGCUAGGUGUAUUUUUGAUACACUCGAAGAAAGCUCUCGAUUUCGUACAGCUUUUGAUGCAGUUUGGAACACGGUGGCGAUGGUUGGAGCAGCAAACGUUUGGAUAGCCGGACAUUCGUUAGGUGCGUCGAUUGCAAUGCUCGCAGGGAGGAACAUGGCGAAGUCUCGAUAUCAAUUGGAAACAUAUCUGUUCAAUCCGCCGAUCAUAUCGCUUCCAAUCGAGAAGAUAAUCCCAAACGAAACGUUGAAACACGGCGUCCGUGUAGCUGGUAGUUUCUUAACGGCCGGAAUUGCGGCGGCGAUGAACCGGCGCCGUGAGGAUCCAGAAGAAGAUCCGUUUGUUGUGUUGUCCGAAUGGACGCCGUAUCUGUUUGUGAAUCCAUCAGAUACGAUCUGUGCGGAGUAUAUAGGAUAUUUUGAACACAGGGAGAAGAUGGAGGAGAUGGGAGUCGGAAGAAUCGAAAAUGUGGCGACGAGAUAUUCGAUCGGAAGUCUGGUUUACGGCACAAUUGGGAGGGAAUCGGAGCCGUUGCAUCUGUUACCGUCGGCUUAUAUGACGGUGAAUAUUAGACCGUCGGAGGAUUUCAAUAAAGCUCAUGGACUUGACCAAUGGUGGCAAGAUCAUUGUCAAUGGCGAUCGAAACUAUACAAAUUCAAGUAGUUUAUUUUUUAUAAUUACUCUGUCAAAUGCAGCGGUUGCAAGUUAUCCUUUGUUUAAUUAUUUGUUUGUUUCAUCGAAGUAUCAAUCAUCAUCUACUAAUUUCCCUUUUGCAUGUA